AUGUCUGGUGCGCCAUCGAAUAAAAAGUGUGAGCGAUGCAAAAAGGAAUGCCUCAAGUGUGAUCAAGCUCGCCCAAAAUGUCACCGUUGUAUCAACGUCGGCGUCGAGUGUCCGGGCUAUAAUAGGCCUCGCAAGUUUAUUGAUCAAGGUGUAAUGCUAAGACGCCGUUAUGCUCCGUAUCAAGGUUCUAUGCCAAUCAGCGCCAAGGCAUCCAAGUCAGUGAAUAGAGCAGACGCAACAGAUCCGGCGGGAGCUUUCUCAGCGUGGCGUCUUUCGACGGACCAGAGAACGACUAGUGCAAACCCCACCCAAACAAUUCAUGCUGAUUCUGGAAAUGUGACCAAUGCUUCGCCUAUGGAAGUCAAUCACACAGGCUGGGAAGAUGGCUCGAAGCUUGGACAAGGAAGUAAUGAGACUGGAUCAGGGCAAGAUCUGUCUCACGUCUUUUCUCUGCUCCAGAAUCUGCCCGGCUGCGAGCUCAACGGCUCUUCGGCUCUCAGUAAUGAAGAAAAUGACUCGGUGAUAGCCACCAACUAUAGCCCGGACUCAUUGAAUUUUUCCGCUGGGGAAUCAUGCACAAUUGGGAGUUCGAAGAAUCUCAAAGAGACGGGGCCUCCAAGUCCGUCCACACUGCACUCUUUGGGAAGCCUGUCAUACCGAAAAGAACAAGGGAAUCAUAGUUCCAUGGUAUCGAAACCAAUUUAUGGAGGGGAACACGAGACUACAUACUUGAUUCGGCGUUAUUCUGAUUCAAUAGGACCUUGGCUGGACCUGUCGGAUUCCUAUAGAUUCUUCUCAGUCCAUGUACCCAUCCGCGCGAUUGACAAUCCCGCCUUGAAACAUGCAAUGGCAGCUAUCACCGCAAAAUACGCAGGGCGAACAAAAUCUCCCAACUCGGAAAUGCAAGGAGAAAGAUCGGAAACACCAAGGACAGAAAGCAUAGGCACUGAUGCCCAUCAGAUUGAUUGGCUCCUCAAAGGAACCAACUAUUAUCAUAUGGCUUUAUCGGAGAUUAGCCGGAUAACAUCGAGAAGUCUGCCUUUUGCAGGCGUUAGCACGGGCAUAUUUCUGAUCGAGGCAGUCAAUCGGUGGAUGAGAUCUAAUCUUACUCAAAAUCUACGAAAUGGGACAACUGAAAGUCUACAUGAUGUUGGCUUUGUUCGAAAGAUAGAGGAGCUGCUUGCAACGCUUGUUCUUCUCACGGCAUAUGAGCUGAUGGACACCAAUGCCAAUGAGUGGUCACAGCACUUAUUGGGGAUUGGCCCCUUGUUUGAAAAUAUUUCCCAAUCAGGACAUAUGACAGAGAUCAUGUUUUCUCACGGCAUUCGAGCGGCUUUCUGGAACUUUGCUCGAUUCGAUUUCUUGGGUUCCUAUUUCCCUCGCUCCUCAACUCAGCUGGAUCCGGAGAAUCAAUCUCUUUGGCGCUCGGCGGGGAUAACCAUCAAUGAUGAGGGCCAGUUUCAAAUUGGCCCGCUAAGGGAAGGGGGUCUGAUCAAAGAGGACCAGGCAGCCAAUGGUAUCCUAUGGCUUAUUUUCAAAAUAAUGAACCUCUUGGCGAGAGUGAAACGAGCUCAGUUAGCCAAAGUGGUUGGACCAUCCACUCUUGAUUUGCCCAUCCCUCAAGACAAUCCGCCCGCUGAUCAAACCAUAGACCCAGACUCGAGCACAUGGCUUCAGCUUUGCUUUGAUCUCCAGUCAUGGUUUGAGACACUACCAGAAACAUUUCGUCCGUCUGUGCGAACAUACUCUUCAAAGGACAUAUCACAACCAAAAUCCACGCCAUUUCCCGAAAUAGUUUACGGACUGCCAACCUGUGCUGCUGCAAUCUUACAUUAUCACUUUGGGCGAAUUGCGCUUCUGCUCAACCAACCCACCGACAACAUCAAUGCCGGAAGCAUUUCUUUCGACCGGCUUCAUGGGUACCGCGAAAUCACCAAAGAAGUCGAUUAUCAUAGUCGUGAGAUAUGUGGCAUCGCCGUAGGUAGUCCCCAUAGUGCUGUAAGACUAUCCUUGAUCCCAGUAUUAUUUGCUGUAGGCAAUUGUUUGGAGGGUGUAUGGGAGCGUCAGAUAAUCUUCAAUCUUUUCCGGGAAGUCGAGUCGGAUUUAGGAUGGGCAACCCACUAUGCUAUUCUGCGACUACAGCAAAUGUGGUCUAGAUGA